AGAAACCUGUACCAACAAAAAAAAGAAAAGAAGAUCAAACAACUAAUUGCUCGAGAGAAUGGGGGGCCAUGGCGAUGGCGUUUGGAAAAGAUAUAUCGAAUUGGAAAAGCAGCGUACGAAGGUUGAUAGCGGGAUAGAGGAGAAGGAAGUGGAGAUCGAAGAUCUGAAGAGUGAAAUGCGUGAUGCCAAAGAGGAAGAAGACAGAAUUCCCAACGAGGACGAUUAUCGUUACGGCGAAGAUCCAGAUCUUGAAGAAGAGGAUUUUUAUGAAGAGGACUUGGAUGGAAAGGGUGAGGAUAGUAUUCUGUUGUCAUUAGAACAAGAGCGCAUGGACGUCAAUGAAAAUUUGAGUGAUUCUAAGAAAUCACUCAAGAUUGCUGUGAGAUGUUUAGCUCGGUUAAUGGCAAAGAAAGAUUUCAUUCUAGAUGAAUAUACGAAGUUAAAGAAUAAGCAGAUGCAGCUUGGAACAACUGCUAUUGGGUUGAAGUUUAAAGAGGGCGUGGUUCUUGCAGCGGAAAAGCGUAUUACUUGGCCUACUUCGCCUCUGUACCCAGGCAUUGUGCAGAAUAUUAUGGAAAUUGAUAACAACAUCUGCAUUGCUGUGACUGUGACUGUGACUGGUUCCAUAGCAAAUGCCUCUAAACUUGUUGGGGAGGCCCGAACUCUUGCUCUGGCAAAUAAUAUCUCUCGUUGUCAACCCAUGGUGGUAGAUUCUAUGUGUCAAAAACUUAGUUACGAACUAGCUGAUCAGAUUCAUCCAUUUGUGGUGUCUCUCAUUGCUGGCCAUGACAAUAAUAGACCUAGCUUAUACUACUCUGAUCCUUUUGGCUCAUUCCAGCAAUGCAAUGCAAAAGCUAUUGGUUUACGAUCAGAAGGUGCUGACAGAUCUCUAGAAGAACAAUUCAACCAGGACUUAACUCUUGAAAAAGCUGAGACUAUUGCUUUAUCAAUUCUGAAGCAAGUAAUGGGAGAGAAGGUCACUCCCAACAACGUUGACAUAGCGAAGGUUGCUCCAGCAUAUCAUCUUUACACCUUUUCUGAGCUGGAAGCUGUGAUAAGUCGCCUAUAAUUUCCAUCUAUUUGCGUGAUUUGUUUCGUGAUGUAUGUCUAUAACUAGUCCUGUGUUGAAACUUUUUGGUAGAUGAUGUGGCCAAGUUAUACGCAAUACUAGAUACUGCUACCAUAUUUUCUGACAUUCAGUCUAGUUGAAAUUGAGGACUAAAAUAGUAUCACACUGUUUGGGAAAACAAAAUACAUUAAUGUCUUGUUGAGCGUCAUUCACAAUAUCCAUGCUUUUGGAUUGGUGGAAUGAGUGGAUUGGAAUUGUAUUAAUUGUAAUAUGGUUGGUUUCACUCGUUUAAAAGGAAACAAAGUAUGGUUCCUAUUUUCUUUA